AACCAAAACCAAAACCAAGUCAUCAUCUUCUCUUUAGCCUUUGCUCUUCUCACCAUGAAAAAACCUUCUUCAACCAAAUCAUUUCUAUGGCCAUUUUUCACCAAACAUUCUUCACUUUAGUUCUUUGCUUUCUUUCUUCUUUGCCAUUCAUUUGUCCACUUUCCACUGUAUCAAUAUCUCAAGCUGGUAAUCAAACGCUUGUUUGUGCAUUAAUUCCUUCAUCUAAACAACAGUCACACCUUAACUGUACAAGCUUUCCUGAGGGAAUCCCAAUUCGAGUCAGCCCUUCUUUAACAUCAUUCUCUGCAAUUGUAGGUGGAAACGGUUUCCUUUGUGCUUUGAGGCCAUCUUCUUCCUCUACCUCAAUCGUGUUCUGCUGGAGAUUUUCAAGCAAUGUUACCAACAUGGCCCAUAAGAGGAUUUAUGGCGGUCCAAUUCUUGAAGAACUUGAUGCUGGGAAUUCCCACAUUUGUGGGCUUGUUAGCAGGACUAAGCGACUCGAAUGCUGGCAAUGGAAGGAGUUCAAUUCCACCCGCAACAGUUUGAUCACUUCUAGUGUUGCUGUUGCAGAAAAUUUUGUUUGUGGACUGCUGAAAUCAGGAAAAAUUCAGUGCUUAGGAAGUUUUGCUAAUGUCACUGAUCAUGUUCCUGCUGGGAUAUUUACUGUUGUUGCCGCUGGUUUUCGACAUGCCUGUGCCAUUUCUUUGACUGGUACUCUGGAAUGCUGGGGAGAUAUGGCAGGUGUGAAACCUUCAGGUCAGUUUAAAUCUCUUGCUUUGGCUGAAAAUCGCAGUUGUGCAUUGAGGAGGCCAAAUGGAACAGUGGCCUGCUGGGGAGAAAAUAAUUUUGAUCUGCCUAUUUAUUUGCAGCAGACAUCAUUUAUUUCUUUAGAAGCAAAAGGAAAUAUUUUCUGUGGUGUGGCAACAUCUAACUAUUCCUUGUUUUGUUGGGGCAAUGAUGAGAUUUUGGAUUCAAAAUCCACAGUUUUCAACAGUGUAAUUCCGGGUCCAUGUAGAAAACAGUGCCCUUGUGAGCUUUUACCUAAUUAUGGUAGCUAUUGCAGUCAAGGGCAGGUGAUUUGUCAACCCUGUUCCAUAUUUCUCUCUUCAGAUAAAAAUCCAGCACCGGAAUUGGCACCAUCAUCGCCAUCGCCCUUGUUGCCAGUACCUAGAAUGAAUACCAAAAGUAGUAGUCAAUGGAACAAGAAAUUGGUAGCUUUCUUAGUUGUAGGUUGCAUUGGUUCUUUGUCAUUUUUAAUAGUCCUCUGCUUCUUGUUUUACAAACAUUGCAAGAAUAAAGCAUCCCGGGUCCACGAUUCAGGUCCCAUGGAUGAUCCUGCCAGAGCUCCUCAGAGUAGCCAGCAACAGGCACCGCCAGCAUUGGAAAAGAAGCUAAGUCAUUUGAUUAGUUUGGGAAAUGGGAAUCGUUUGGAAGAGUUUUCUUUAGAAGUUCUGCUUAGGGCCACAAAUAAUUUCUCAGAGAAGCACAAGAUUGGGACUGGGAGCUUUGGUUCAGUCUACAUGGGAACACUAGACGAUGGCCUCGAAGUAGCUAUCAAGAGAGCUGAAAUUUCAUCGUGCUCAUCAUACCAUCAUGCUGGUGGUACAAAGCGUAGCCAAGAGGACAAGGACUACGCAUUCCUUCAUGAGCUAGAAUUUUUGUCACGGCUUAAUCAUAGGAACUUAGUCAGACUGUUAGGUUACAGUGAAGAUUGUAAUGAGAGGGUUCUAGUCUAUGAGUACUUGGACAACGGCACCCUCUUUGACCAUAUCCACAAACUCGAAAACUCCCCUCUAAUGUCAUGGGCUGCAAGAAUUAAGGUAGCCCUUGAUGCAGCUAGAGGAAUUCAGUACCUCCACGAGUAUGCAGUGCCACCAAUCAUACACAGGGACAUCAAGUCCUCCAACAUAUUGCUGGACGCCACGUGGACUGCCAAGGUGUCUGAUUUCGGGCUCUCGCUAAUGGGGCCCCCGGAUGAUGUGUCAUACCUCUCAAUGAGCGCAGCUGGCACGGUUGGCUACAUGGACCCCGAGUACUACAGACUGCAACAAUUAACCACUAAGAGUGAUGUUUACAGCUUUGGAGUGGUGUUACUAGAACUGUUAUCAGGGUGCAAGGCAAUACACAAGAAUAAGAAUGAUGUACCGAGAAAUGUGGUUGAUUUUGUAGUUCCCUACAUAGUUCAAGAUGAGAUACACAGAGUUUUGGAUCAGAGAAUGCCUCCUCCAACACCAUUUGAGAUAGAAGCAGUGGCAUAUGUGGGAUACCUUGCUGCAGAUUGUGUAAGACUAGAAGGUCGGGAUAGACCAACCAUGACAGAAAUUGUAAAUAGUUUAGAAAGAGCCUUAGCUGCUUGUUUGGCAACACCAAGGCUGUCAAGGUCCUCUACUGGCUCUUCUGUGUAGCUCCCUUGCCUUAACUAUACACGUCAAUACAUUGCACAAUUUUCCACAGCAAUCUCUUUUUCCUUUCUUCUUUUUGCUUUUUCUGUUUUUUGAAGUUGUACAAAUUCGAACCCUACUUUCAUAUGGAUUUCUUGACCAACUUGUU